CAUGAGUGUGUGUAUGUGUGUGUGAAUGCUUUUCCGAUUCCAAACCGCCUGUAAAAAAAAAUCCCCCAAAAGAGAAGAAGAAAAAAACGAGCCGGAGGAAAAAUAGAAGAGAAAAAGGAAAGACGUUCAGACCAGGACUUAUACACCGAAAUCUGCCUCGAUCUGCUUAAUAUCUUAUAUUGGUCAACUAUAGCAACUGAGUGAACCUGCAAAAUUUGAUCGAUUUGCAUAUCCAUCCCUCCUUCAUUUGCCUUUGCUUCAGUGAGAAUGGCAGGCGGACCCCCCUCUGACAAAUACACUUUUCUCUACCCGACAGACAGCAGCCUGAAGAGCAAGAGCAGAGUAUCCAGUAUGAACCCUGUGUACAGUCCAGUGCAGCCUGGGACUCCUUAUGGAAACCCUAAAACCAUGGCAUACACAGGUUACCCAGCAGGCUAUCCUACUGCAGCACCUGCCUACACACCAAGUCUCUAUCAGACAGGUAGUCCAGGGUACCCUCCAGGAUACACUGCAGGGACUCCGUUCAAAGUUCCACCAUCCCAAUCGAAUGGAGCCCCACCACCAUAUUCCCCCUCUCCAAACACAUACCCCUCAGCCAUGUACCCCAUUCGCAGUGCCUAUCCCCAACAGAAUCUCUACACUCAGGGAGCCUAUUACACUCAGCCUGUGUACGCUGCACAGCCCCACGUUAUCCAUCACACCACAGUGGUGCAGCCCAACAGCAUCCCUUCUGCCCUAUACCCUGCCCCGGUGCCCCCUGUGACCCAGCGACCCAGCGCGCUCACCAUGGGCAUGGUGGCAGGAACCACUAUGGCUAUGUCUGCAGGAACACUUUUGACCACACCCCAGCACACUUCUCUUGGUCCACACCCAGUUACGGUGCCAACAUAUCGUCCGCAAGGAACGCCUGGCUACAGCUAUGUGCCACCUCAUUGGUAGAGCCCACUUGUCAAUCAUAUCUGGAGUUAAAUGUCGUAUGCAAAAUCCUCAAGUUUUACACGGGCUCUCUGUGAUCAGCAGCCGCGUCUGCCGGGACAGAAGAAAAAAGGGUCACUUUAUGCAUUCUUAUGUCUUAUUUUGUAAAAGCUGCUUUUAAUUUUUUUUGUUUUUAAUUAUAUUAAAUUUUUCCCCCGUAAUAAUUUCCUCUUGUAUUUUAGUUUUAGUAUUCCUGACCUAUUUUGUUGCAUUUGUUUUUUUUUGUUUUUGUUUUGUUUUGUUUUGUUUAAUUCGAUAAUUAUUAAGUCAACUCCUGCGGAAACUCCAGAAUGAUUUUGACCAAUUACGACUUUGAAACAAUGUGCUUUUUUAUGUUGUUGUUGUUGUUGUUUCCUGUUGUUGUUCCAUAUUUCCACCAAUGAGUGGGAAUGUACAUUGCACCAUGCUCAUCAUCAUGUCUGUCAUGCCAAAUAUUAUAAGGUUUAGAUAGUAGUGCAGGGUGUUUUUGUUUUUGUUUUUUUUUCUCCUUACAUUUGUGUAGAUUUGUAAUUUCUUUUUCCAGAUUCCCUUUUCAGAGGGGCUGAGACGGGUUUCUGCUUUCUUCGGGUUUUUCAUUUUACACAACUUUCCUUCACUUCAUCUUCUAGCAUUGAUAACAAGGGUGUCUUCCAGCUUGUAGCAGUUUAAUAGGUACAUUUGUAAGAAGUUUAACAGUGCGUAGGGCAGCUCUACGUCAUUCAAACCUUCAUUUAGGAUGUCGAGCGCUUACACUAAUCUCACUUAUUAACUUAGUGAAGGACUCAGAUUUCUUUAUUUAUUGGAUCAUCUGGAAAUAGAAUAAGUUUCUAAACUAUGACAUGCAUAUUAUAUUUCUAUAGAUGCAUGUGAUGUGCAGAGAUGCGUUUUGGCAGUGGCUUGCAGUUGCACAUACACACUGAAACAUCUGCCAACACACAGUGUCAGUGGAGGCAAGUGAUGUAAUAAAAUACAUUUUAAAAAGGCACUUAGGCUGAGGGAUUGGGGUCAGAUAUCAUCUUACAAAAAAUACGUGCCAAAACAGAGGACGUUUGGGACCAGACUGGGUCAUGGGUUAAUAUUCAUGAUUUCUGUAUUUUGGUAGAUCGUAUGUAUGAAACACAUUAAGUAAGCAAAAGAGGAAAAGCAAACAUGGCAGGAAAUCAAACAUCUCUUUAGCAGUAGCUUAAGGGAAGGUCCUUUUUGAACACCACAUGAGGGUUGCCGCAGGACAGUCGGCAGGAACAAAAGGAAAGUGUAGAAGAUUCUUAUAGUGAAACCAAAUGUGAGAUAUAUAUAUAUAUAUAUAUAUAUAUAUAUAUAUAUAUAUAUAUAUAUAUAUAUAUAUAUAUAUAUACACACAAUUUUACUAGUAAUACAUUUAGCUGUGAGUAAUUGUUACUGUUAUUGUAAAUUUGUCCCAUCUAUUUCUCCUCAGCAAGUAUGUGUGUGUAUAUGUGUGUGUGUGUGUGUAUGUAUAUAUAUAUAUAUAUAUAUAUAUAUAUAUAUAUAUAUAUACACACACACACACACACACAUCAUACUUAUUUUGCAUAGUGUACUCGCAUCAUGACAAAUUGAGUAUGCAAAUAAAAUAAAAUAAAAACAUUUUAAAAUAAGAUUUAAAAAAAAUUACUGAAGCCUAGUUAUUAUUCCUCACUAUAUUCCCAUUAAAUUGUGUUUUCUAGGCUAACUAGUAAAAUUCUGUUUCCUUUGCACUGGUCAUGCACCAGUUCCAAUUAGCAACCAGCUUGUGAUGUUCAAUAAUGAUCUGCUCUCGUCAUUUUGAGCUGAUGUCUGUGUUUUUGAAUUUGUGGUUGCGUUUUUGGUUUGUUCAUGUUUUGCAUUUACCACAGGGUUGUUGUUGUUUUUUUUAUCAUACGUUUUUCUGCAUUUGGAAUGAAGUGGUGAUGAUGAUAGUAAGCAGUAGCCCAGCAUUGACAUUACAAGGUGGAAAAAUAGUACCCCAGUUUAUUUUGUUUGUUGCAUGCACUCUUCAUUUUUUACAGUGUUAUUAUUCGAAUAAAUUUUAAUAUUAGCCUAUUUCUGUUGCUUUAAACAGUAUUCGUUUAACAAAUUGUUAAUAUAAGUCAAUAUUGUGACUAUUCAAUAUUGCAGGAAAAAAAAUGCUUUUUAAUUGUCAUUGUGCCAGAAUCAGAGAAUACAGUCUCUGUGUAUUGGCUGUAGGCCAUUGGAAAAGGUUUAAUUUGGGAAAUACAGAUGUCUUUUUUUUUUUUUUUUUUUUUUUUAAAUAGAAUCUCAAAUGAAUGGUCAAAAUAAUGAUCUUUUUAAAUGAUCUUAAUGUCACACUAAAUUUACAACCUCUGAGUUAUGUGCAUCUCAAUUUCUGACUUCCAACAAAAUGAAAGAGUAUGGCUCCAGACACUCAACAAUAAAUUUACUUUUAAAUUAAAUUAGGAUUUGCUUUAGCUCUAUCGACAUACAGACAUGACUCUAGAACACUGAGUUAUACAGUUUGCCUAUCACUAAUGUUAAGCUUUUUGUUAGUUUGUGAGGUUUUUCCUUUUUUUAAGAGAGCAAAGAAAAUAGGAUUAUUUUCUACUUUGAUCAAUUGACCUCAUUAUUACUGUAGGUAAGCAGCAACACUCGAAGUCAUGCCCACAUUUUUAACAUAUGGCCUUCAAGCCACACCCACUCAGGGUCAUUCAUAUUUUCUCAUGAACACACCACAUGCCAUAUAUGGACUCCCAUCUUACAGGCAAUCCAUUCUAAAUUGUAGUUGUGACUGAUCGCUUUGUCACUUUCUAGUGUGAACAUAGGCUAAGGAAAAGUAGGGCAUAAAAGAAUGGCAUUAAGGUGGCCAGUUGAGAAAUCCCUUCGUCCUUGUUGAACAUUUUGGUCAUGAGACCUUGCUGCACAUAUUUUAGAAGUAUUUGUUAAAUGCAAUAAGAAAAACUGCCUCGAUGUAUAACAGUAUUGCAAGACAGAGAAUAUCAUGAAUCCUAUUCCCUUGUAAUCUACGAAUGCACUACAGUACAUAUCAGUUAAUUUAUGAAGUAAUAUCAGCAUAUUGUCACAUAGUUAAAUAAUAAUCAAAUAUACGGUACACACUAUUUAAUGAUCUACUAAAGGAAGACAAGUAUAUACUACAGUACCCAUUAGGCUUGAUUAAGAAUGUGCCGAUAUUCUGUCUUGAAUCUUUUAGGGCAGCCUAUACAAAUAUUACCAUAGCAGUGUAUAUAUUCAAAAACUAUUUCCUGUAUCUUUCUCGUUGACUAGCAUGUCUUUUUUUUCCCUUGGAACUUAAGGAGAAAAUUCUCCCAAGAAAAAUCUCGAACAAACAGCCUUGUUAUGAGGGCAAGCUAGGUUAUAGUUAGCUGACUAACAUAGAUAGCUAACUUUGCAGUAUAUGGUCAGCUUUGAGAUAAUAUAGUUUAACUUCUUAAUUUUGAUCGCAGAGUCAGCACCUAGAAAUACACUCUCAGACGUGACAAUUUGGGAACAAGUUUCAUGUUGAGAAUACACAACCAUAGUAGCCACCUUUUAAUAGAAACGCAUCGAGAGCCUGUGUUGAAUAUUGUGGUUUAUCCUAUUAUUAUUUUAUUAUAAUUAUAAUUAUUAUUAUUAUCGGCACAUCCCUAGUCAUGGAGGUGAUAUUAUUCACAGUAAACAUAUUUAUCGUUUAGGCUACUCAAACACUACUUUAAAUAUAUUAAUCUGAAUAAGAAGUUUCACAGAAAUUUUAUGCAACAUAAUGGCACAGGCGGGUUCGAGCUCUUGAGGUCGGUUUUAGCAGAGCCGUGGAAAAAUAUUCCUUUAUCGAAAAGGAGAGAGUGAGAGGAUAAAUAACUUUUACAAUUCAUUUAUUUUUGCAAUUAAUUACUUAAUUGCAUGUAUGUACGGCAUAGAAAACCCCAUUUCAAAAACUUCUAAAGUCAGAAAUUGUCAGAGUACAAAAUUGGUGUUGGUGUUUCAUAUUGUUUUUUUUUUUUUUUUUUUUGGACAUUAUCCCUAUAACAACCAACAUUUGCCAUGUUAAGUCUAUUCACUGGCAAAAAUGUAAAAUAAAAA